UGAUUGCCCGUCACUAGCAUAAGUCAUCGCGUUGCGGGGUUUGUGUUUGUGUGUGUGUGCGCUGCUGCUUUUGUGUUUCAUUCAUUUAAAAUUUAAGUUAAAAGUUAGUUUUGUGUUCUCGCUUCUUUUAUUACAAAUAAUGCAAUCGCCUUGCAGUGCAUCGUAAAGACAGUCAAUAACGUGAAACAGCACAUUUUGAUGAUGCAGCGUUUAAUGUGGCACAUGCUGCACGCGCUGCUGCUGCUGCAAACAGUUGCAGCACAAACCGAUGGCAGCUAUUACAAUCCACAACAACAACAGCAGCAACAACAACAAACUUUGCUACCACAACAACCAACAUCGCAAUACGAAAUCAAUCCACAAUUUGGAGGCAAUCUGAACCCAAAUUUGAAUCCGAAUCUCAAUAACAACAAUCUCAACAACGUAAAUAAUCCGAAUAAUCCAUUGUAUCGCACUGAUGGCAUUGGAGCCGGAGGAUACAAUGACUUGGGCAACCAGGAUGAUUACAAUAAACGUCUGGGAAAUUCAGCAUAUGAUGACAGUGAACCAAGUCUGGGACGUGGCAAGAGCUCGUAUAAUUUGAAGGGCACUUUUCUGGAUACAUUGCACAAUCAAGAGCCAACCUAUUUUAUUGUCGCCUCACGCAUGGUGCGUCCUGGUCUUAUCUAUCAGGUAUCCGUGUCCAUAUUGCAGGCCAAAUAUCCCAUCACAGUCCAUGCGAGUAUCUCAUGUGAUGGCGUCCAAAUCAGCGGUGAUUCCAAGGGUGUCAAGGAGGGCGUUCCCGAAACUCUGCUCAUGCGAAUACCUCCAACGAGCGUAACCGGAGAUUACAGGCUGCGUGUCGAGGGUUUCUAUCAGGAUGUCUUUGGCGGUGUCGCCUUUCUCAAUGAUACGCGUUUGGAUUUCUCCCAACGCUCCAUGACCAUCUUUGUGCAAACGGAUAAACCUCUUUAUAUGCAGGGCGAAACGGUGAGAUUCAGAACGAUUCCCAUUACAACCGAACUCAAGGGAUUCGACAAUGCCAUCGAUGUUUAUAUGCUGGAUCCCAAUCGUCAUAUACUCAAGCGCUGGCUAUCGAGACAAUCGAAUCUGGGCUCCGUUUCGUUGGAGUACAAAUUGUCAGAUCAGCCGACGUUUGGUGAAUGGACGAUACGUGUUAUUGCCCAGGGUCAGCAGGAGGAGAGUCACUUUAGUGUGGAGGAAUAUUAUCAGACGCGUUUCGAGGUGAAUGUCACAAUGCCAGCUUACUUCUUUACCACGGAUCCGUUUAUCUAUGGACGUGUGAUGGCCAAUUUUACCAGCGGUUUGCCCGUCCGUGGCAAUCUCACAAUUAAGGCAACCAUCAGGCCAAUUGGGUACUUUAGCAACCAAGUGUUGAAUGAAAAGUUCCGUUUGGGCCGAUCGCCGUUGGAGCAACAGAAUUUGUAUGACGAACGUUUGCGCUAUAAUACUCCCAACCAGAAUCCUCAACAGGGUUAUAAUAUACCCGCCCAAUUGCCACAGGAUGGCGUUGAUCUCUCACAGGAUAUUUUGUAUCGCAAUCAGUAUGUGGUGGAACGUAGCUAUCAAUUCGAUGAGGAAUGGCCAUUUUGGGUGAGAAAACCUGAAUAUAUUGACAACUACGAUUCCUGGACGAGCAGCUAUCGGAAUUCCUUGCCAUUCCUGCGCUAUUUCAACGGCACCUUUGACUUCAAGUGGCCUCUACGUGAACUGGAGGCUCUUGUGCCACGUUUGGCCAACUCGGAGAUCCUCAUUACGGCCACAGUGGGUGAGAAAUUCUAUGAUGAGAUCAUCAGUGGUUAUGCCGUGGCACGUGUCUACAAUUCAAGUUUGCGUGUUGCGUUCCUUGGGGAAUCCCCGCAGGUUUUCAAGCCCGCAAUGCCAUUUACAACGUAUUUAGUUGUGGAAUAUCAUGAUGGAUCACCCAUAAAUCCCAAUUUAUUGCGUCAAGGACUCAUGGAAGUCAGUGGCUUUGUGGAGAGUCGCAAUGGCGGACGUCGUGAUUGGCCCACUCAGCGAUUACACAUGUCACAGCAGAGUGAUGGCGUUUGGGAGUUGAAAAUUGAUAUACGCAAUGAUUUGAACUUGGAUGAGCGUCCUCAAAAUCGGGAUUUCCUCAACGGCAUACAGAAUAUGCGUUUGCAAGCACAUUUUAUUGAUCCACGUGGAGAACGCAUUCAAACCGAACUUCUGCUUGUAUCGCAUUAUUCACCACGCAAUCAACACAUUAAGAUCACAACGAGCACGGAGCAGCCGGUGGUUGGAGAAUACAUAAUUUUCCACAUACGCACGAAUUUCUUUCUCGAGGAAUUCAACUAUUUGAUUAUGUCCAAGGGUGUUAUAUUGAUCAACGAUCGGGAAACAAUUACCGAAGGCAUACGCACAAUUGCUGUAGUCUUGAGCGCGGAGAUGGCUCCAAUGGCCACUUUGGUGGUGUGGAAGAUCACACAACAGGGUCAAGUGGUUGCCGAUUCCCUCACGUUUCCAGUUAAUGGCAUCUCCAGGAAUAAUUUCACGGUUUACAUAAAUAAUCGCAAGGCGCGAACCGGCGAGAAAGUUGAGGUGGCCAUUUUUGGUGAACCCGGCUCUUAUGUGGGACUCUCGGGCAUAGACAGCGCCUUCUACACGAUGCAGGCGGGCAAUGAAUUAACCUAUGCCAAGAUCAUUACCAAAAUGUCCAACUUUGAUGAGCAAACAAAUGGCACAUAUAAACACAUUUGGUAUUCCCAUGAGGGUAAUCCCGAUCAGUUGGUCUACUUUCCGGCCUCUUCCUUUGGCAUCGAUGCGAAUCGCACUUUUGAGUACAGCGGAUUGAUUGUCUUCACGGAUGGCUAUGUUCCCCGCAGGCAGGAGAAUUGCAAUAGGACUUUAGGCUAUGGUGAAUGCUUGAGCGGACGCUGUUAUCGUUUGGAAAAACAUUGCGAUGGCGCAUUUGAUUGCGACGAUGGCACGGAUGAGAUUGGUUGUCAUGUCCGCAACGAUACGGAAUUGUUAAACUAUCGUAAAUAUCGCUUCAAUCGUGUUUUACGGCAUUACGAGAAUGUUUGGCUGUGGAAGGAUGUGAAUAUUGGACCACAUGGUCGUUACAUCUUCAAUGUAGAUGUGCCAGAUCGUCCUGCGUAUUGGAUGGUUAGCGCUUUCAGUGUAAGUCCCUCGAAAGGAUUUGGCAUGCUCAACAAGGCCUUGGAAUAUGUUGGUGUCCAACCGUUCUUCAUCAAUGUGGAAAUGCCAAUGGUUUGCCGGCAAGGAGAACAGGUGGGAAUCCGUGUCACGGUUUUCAAUUACAUGACCAUACCCAUUGAGGCAACUGUGGUGCUGCACGGCAGUCCCAACUACAAGUUUGUCCAUGUCGAGGAGGAUGGCAUUGUGCGCUCUUAUAAUCCACGCACCAGCUUUGGCGAGCAUCAGUUCUUCAUCUAUUUGGAUGCACAGGGAACUACGGUGGUCUAUGUGCCCGUGGUGCCACAGCGUUUGGGUGAUGUUGAGGUGACGUUGCAUGUGGCAACUUUACUCGGAACAGACACCAUCAAACGCACCCUCCACGUGGAGUCCGAUGGCCUGCCCCAGUACAGACAUCAAUCUGUGCUCUUGGAUCUGUCGAAUCGUGCCUAUGUGCUGGAGUAUAUGCAUGUGAAUGUCACACAGACACCGGAGAUACCCUAUCAAGUGGAUCGUUACUUUGUCUAUGGCUCGAAUCGUGCUCGGAUCUCGGUUGUGGGUGAUGUGGUGGGUCCCAUCUUCCCCACGAUGCCUGUAAAUGCCAGUUCACUGCUCUACCUGCCCAUGGAAUCGGCGGAACAGAAUGCCUUUAGUUUUGCUGCCAAUUUAUAUACCAUCAUGUACAUGCGUUUGAUUAAUCAACGUAACAAGACGCUGGAGAAGAAUGCCUUCUAUCACAUGAACAUUGGCUAUCAACGACAACUGAGUUUUAUGCGCGGCGAUGGUAGCUUCUCCUUGUUCCGUGCCGAUUGGAACAAUUCUGCUUCCUCCGUUUGGUUAACCAGCUACUGUCUGCGCAUCUUCCAGGAGGCUUCCUUCUACGAGUGGGAGAACUUCAUUUGGAUCGAUGCGACAAUUAUUGAGAAGAACAUGCGUUGGCUUCUGCAGCAUCAGACGCCAGAAGGUGCCUUUUAUGAGGUCACCUGGUUGCCGGAUCGUAAAAUGAAUCGCACAAACUCCGCCAGCUUUACAAAUCUACGAAAUCGUAACAUUACCUUGACUUCACAUGUCCUCAUCACACUGGCCACCGCCAAGGAUUUAUCUGGUACGUUGGGCGCACGUGUGUCCCUGGCGACACAACGUGCCAUUGCCUGGAUCGAAAGGAAUAUGCAGUUCCUGAUGGACACACCGGAACCUUAUGAUGUCGCCAUCACAGCGUAUGCAUUGCAACUUUGCAACUCACCCAUUGCGGAGCAUGUUUUCAGCAUCCUUCGGCGUCAUGCACGCACCACUGGUGACUUUAUGUAUUGGGGCAAUCAGGAGUUGCCGCAACCGCCACGUAAAUUGGAAAAUCAAAAGUGGUUCUCAUUGCCACGUUUGCCCUACGAAUAUGAUUCCCUCAAUAUUGAGACUACAGCCUAUGCAUUGUUGGUUUAUGUGGCUCGUCGUGAGUUUUUUGUGGAUCCCAUUGUGCGUUGGCUGAACGCACAGCGUUUAAAUGAUGGCGGUUGGUCCUCCACCCAAGAUACAAGCGCUGCUUUGAAAGCCCUUGUCGAGUACACGGUGCGCUCUCGCAUUCGUGAUGUUUCCUCGCUGAGUGUGGAGAUUGAAGCCUCCUCUCAAGGCGGCAAGACACAAGAGCUCCACAUCGAUGACACCAAUUUGGCGCGAUUGCAAAGCAUUGAGAUACCCGAUGCUUGGGGAACAAUCAAGGUGCAGGCCAAGGGCGCUGGUUAUGCCAUACUGCAGAUGCAUGUGCAGUACAAUGUGGACAUUGAAAAGUUCCAGACGAAGCCACCGGUACCAGCAUUUGGACUCCACACAAAGGCCAUCUUCCACGGCAGGAAUCAGUCGCAUAUAUCUUAUGUGGCUUGCCAAAACUGGGUCAACACACAGGAAGCGGAGCGCUCAGGCAUGGCUGUGCUGGAUGUGGCUAUACCCACGGGCUAUUGGAUACAACAACAGAAAUUGGACUCGUAUGUGCUGAGCAAUCGUGUGCGAAAUCUGCGACGUGCUCGCUAUUUGGAACGCAAGAUUGUCUUCUACUUUGAUUAUCUUGAUCAGGAGGACAUCUGCGUCAACUUUACGAUAGAACGCUGGUAUCCAGUGGCCAAUAUGUCACGUUAUCUGCCCGUGCGCAUCUAUGACUACUAUGCGCCAGAGCGUUUCAACGAGUCCAUCUUUGAUGCCCUGCCCACAUAUCUGCUCAAUAUCUGUGAGGUUUGCGGUAGUUCUCAGUGCCCUUACUGCUCCAUAUAUAACAUUGGCUGGCGUGCAUCCUUGUCCGUCUGGCUGUUGUUCUUCAGUGUCUUCAUUUAUCUGCUGCGCAGUCGUACACAUUUAGUGCUCAACACACUCCAUCUGUUUACCUAGAAAGUCGAAUAUUUUAUUCCCUACACUAGCAGCCCAAAACCACACAAAACAUGAUUAGCUUAUUAAGUUGAAUUCGAUUGAGUGUUGAGUUUGAGUUUGAAAAUUGAAUUUUUAGUUGGUUUUUGUUCUACGUUUGUUUUUAUUUUUUCUUAACAAAAUUGCAUUCCGUCCAAGAAUACUGGCAGGCUUUGAGUUAUUUUUAUAAUUAUAAUUUUAAUAACGUAAUUGCAUGUAAACAUAAUCUCGAAAUGUACAAAACAGCAUCCACCAAUCGAGCGGACAAAUUUGUUUUGCAAUUUGCCCAGAUUUCUACUAUAUCACUAUGAAGAAUCAAAUUUUAUGUACACAAAUUACACAUAUAACAUAUAGAGUAUUUUUAGCGUUCAGUUUAUAUUUUAUAAGUAAUAAUAUGUAACUCGUCAUAUGCCAGAACUAGAGUCUUUGCCUUAUCUCCAAUAUGUGGGCGCUACAAGUGCCGAUUUAAAGUGAAAAUCAAUAUGAACGAAUAUACAACAAAAGUGUCUUAAUAAAAUGGAAAAUGCCUUUAUUAGAUUUUAGAAAUCGAUAGUGAAUAUACUUAUAUUAUUGAAUUAACUUUUGGCAAAAAGCAUGAAUAUCAAUUGAAAUUUUUUAUAUGCAUAUAUUUAAUUGGAAUUUUUUUGUAAAAGAUGAUGAUUAUGAUAACGUUGAAAGCGACCGUCCAAUACAUAUACUUUUUAUGUUUAAAUAUCGCAACAAAUGAAUCUAAUUAGUGUGUAAGUUUUAUAUUCUUGACAAAAACAGUUUAGAUACUGCUUGUGUACAUUAUAACAUAAAUACUGUAUAGCCAUGUACAUGUAGCUAACGAGUCUCGAAUCCAAGUACUCCGUCCCUCCUUUAUGGUACACAAUUGAAAUCUACGUUUUCUAUGUAACGAAAAAAACUAUAAUAAAUUAACGAAAUCUUUUCAUCCACGUGAAAACUCAAAAUA